AUGAAGAUGUCAGUGGUUCAGAUGGUGAAGAUCGUGGGUCUGGGGGCUGUGGCCCUCACUCUCAGUGUGGAGUGGUUGGACUGGCUCUUCUGUCGCCUCUGGCCCCGGAAAAUAUCCAGAGGGCCCCUGAAAGAAGUGUACUUUUUCCCUACAGAGGUCGCCUGCACUGAGCGUCUCUUCACUCCUGACUCACCAUUCCCCUGCCCCUGUCCCUUACCCCACAACGUCAACACCUCCUUCACCCGUCUCCUGGGCCACAUCCUAUCUGCCUCCUCCUCCUUGGACCUGUGUGUGUUCGCCUUCACCAACCUGGAUCUGAGCCGGGCCGUGCUGGCCCUCCACACCAGGGGCAUCCCCAUCCGUAUCCUCACUGACAUGGAAUACACCCUCAUCACCGGCUCCCAGAUAGGGGUCAUCCGCAGAGCAGGCAUCUGUGUGAGGUGUGACUCUGGCGCCGUCCACAUGCACCACAAGUUUGCCGUGGUGGACGGCCGGCGCCUAAUCACCGGCUCCCUGAACUGGACCCUGACAGCCAUCCAGAGCAACAAGGAGAACAUCCUGGUCACGGAGGAACCAGACCUAGUCCUGCCCUUCAUCACUGAGUUCCAGAGGCUCUGGGAUGUCAAUGACCCGGCUAGGAGACACCUGCCGUCCAUCGCUGAGAAAACUGCUAGUUUAGUACUAUAG